UGUGACUUUUCUUCACACGUUGGUUUUCCGGAAGCUGCGUUUAACCUCACUUCCGUCGCGCACAUUCUACGGAGGCAAUUCACUACACGAGAUUAAUUUACACAACUGCUUCUUCAGCUGCUGGUGCAAUGGAGGACGAAUGGGAAGAGGAGGAACAGUUGGUUGUGGCGGAGCUGUCUGGAAUGAUCAGCACGGAUUUACUCUCCAGUCGACAGGGCGCGUGUAAGAUAGUGGGCAUUGACAGCCAGCAGCCCAUGAUGCAGGUGGGACGGUAUGUGUUCGCCGGGGAAUAUGAGGAUGCCAUCGGAACGUGUGUUAUUUUUGAAGAAGAGCGCCAGGACGCUGCUAACUGUAAUCCUGUCCUUAAAUACAAAUGUCAGACGAUGAAGAAACUGAUGCUGCAGAGGACAUUCCUGUCGGAGAGGAAACAGGAUGAGCCAGUCUCUGACCGCAUUGAAGUGCUGUCUCUCAAUGAGGGAGAAGUGUUCGGGGGGCGGACGACCGCAGUUUGUCACUAUCUGGAUCCAUCAGAGACAGAGAAAUCUGUGCUUGAAGAAUCUAAAGGUUGCGAAGGUUCUGAAAUGAGCGAUGAAUCGCCGGCUGAAAUGGAUGAGACUGAGGCAGGCACUACGCUUUUAGAGGAGACAGUAGAUGCAACAAUGAAUGCCAGCAGCUGUUCUAUACAUCUAAACAAGUAGAGGAUGUUGGCUCUUGUACACAACUCAAUUUCUGAUAAUGUACAUUUUGCAUUAUGUAAAUACAUGUUCUUUGGUUUGUAAUAAUAGUUGGCUUGUAUUUUGUUUUUUUACUUAAAAGAAUCUAAGACAAAAUAAAUAAUAUUUUCCUCUUCAA